AUGUCGGAGCAAGAGCAAGGAAUCAUCCAACAUAGUGAGCUGCCGCCGCCUCCGUACAGCGAGAGGGAACCAGUCCCAGUACAGUUUCAGAUUCGCCGGAAACCGAUCGGUAUUCCCAAACCCAACAACGAAAACACAGCAUCGGAUUUAAAAAAGGAUGAUACACUUGCAUUUUCCACGAGUUCGAGCCGGAAGGAACAGCCAGAAGAGUGGUCUCGUACCUCACCGAAUACGCACCUCAGGGACUGUCCGGAUAUCUCACUUCACACCACAUCACCGCCGCCUAUACAGACAAUAAUUACAGAUGGCGAUCUUAUCGCCAGUCCCUCAUCAGCAGCGAGUGCAAUACCUUCCAUCCAAGGUACUAGCUUCUCUACAAGUACGAACGUCUCCUCCGUAAGCGCAACGUCGCCAGGACCCGGGCCGGCAUCUGGAGGAUGGAAAAAGGCUGCCGCGGAACAUGCUUCAAAGGCAUUUCAGGAAGCAAGACAUUUUGUUGGGGGCUUGAUUAUGCAUCCUAGUGUUAGUAAUAAACACUACACCAUCCUACGGCACUCUCACGGAGUGGUGUUCUAUCAAGGAAGCAACACAUUUCUUGCCAUUUCCAUAUUCGUCGAUGAGCCAUUGCCAAAGGACCGCACGAUUUGGAUGCAGUGUAAGGGAUGGUCUGGAAAGUCUGGCAUGAAGGCAAAGGCAUUCUUUGGCCUGAAUGACAGCUGGUUAAAUGUUACACCAAGCCUAGCUAUCCAGCCGGACUCAGUCAACCCCAGCGAUGAACGAGCUUGGCAGAGAGAUAUCAAACGAUUUCGAAAGAAAGUUACUGGCACCCCUCUGGAACGCCACAUACUUCGAGAAACGGCGAUCAUCCGUGUACCCGUGGAAACUGCCGACGGCUAUUAUCAAUUAGUCCUCUGUCGUGGCGAUCAGAAGCGCAAAGUUCUCUGCACCAGUCCAGUAUUUCGUGUCAUCUCAACUUCGUCGGAUCCAUCAACGUUACGAGGAGCAAGUUUGAGUACGUUACCAGUAGAAUUGGGGUUGUGGAUUGGCGGAAUGUACGCACAAAAUACGGCGAGCACUGUUGUUUCUCCAAUCACAUCUCGGAUAAAGUCCGCAACACAGCCGCUCAUGCCGUCGGGUACGACCCAAAUGGCACUUCAGACUGCGUAUAGUGUGAGUGGGUUGGAGGACCGCGUUGAUACGGGUAUUCAGGAUGCUGGUGGUCGUUUUGAUGAAGUUGAGAUCGCAGCUUUCACUCGGCUCGGCAUGACAGAUUUUAACAUUGAGACCGGUCCAGUCGCUCCCUAUCCUGUUGAUUUCGUCGCAAAAAUUGAUGGACAAGUGGCAACACAUUCAUUUAAUUUCGAUGGGCUACCAAAGAAGAUCAACCUGAAUGCUGUCCCCCGGCGAAUUUUACCGCGGUUAGAUGGCCACUACUUUGCUUGGUGUAAGUUCCUCCGUGGGACCGAGAAAAGCAUAAGUAAUAUUAGCAACGGAAAGACAACAGAGCCAGGACAGUCUUGGUUGCAAUGUAUCGUAUCCGCUUCAAGAAUUGUCUUCGAAGAGCGUAUCUCGAACGUGCGCUCACGAAAAGCCCUAAGAAUCAUCGCAUCUAUAAAGAUACUUGAAGAUAUGGAUCUUCCACCAGCUGCUCAAGUCCAAAUUCGAAUCAUGGGCUUCAUCCGUCCACCCAAGCCAAAAACUGCCUUGGCCGGCAAUAACCCUAGUGAUGAAGCCGAAUAUGAACAGCAAAUGGUGCUAGAUGUUUGUGACAUUGAGCUCACACGCAAUACUCUAGACAACCCUUCAUGGCAGCCCGACUUUUUGCCCGGUUCUCUAGAUUCUUCAAGAUCUGUUGAUGGCAGCGAACCUGGGAAGCAACAGUCAGGUAUUUGGGACAAGGCAAAAGACGGAUAUGCUAACGUACGUCUGAAAGGGCAGACAAUGGCUGGCCAGAUUCCAUUUCAUCGUAUCGGUAUUAGAACGCCGACAGAGGGGCUUAAAGAUAAGAACCUUGAGAUUUCUGGGUAUUACAUACCGCGUUAG